AAAAACGUCAGGCCCAGUUGCAUUCGUGGCAUGGCCGACACUGAGAGCACUUCGACCAGCGACAUGGACGUCCCUCCCCGACCCAUCUCUGAUGAUCUCUCUCAGCUGUACCACCAGCUUUACGGCGGCUCGGCAUUCGGCACCGCCCUCGCCAAGUGGGCGGAUGAGAUGCCACAGCAUCCCGCCGUCACGCGGCUCGACGGCAAUGGGGAGCCGGCCGAUGUGUUGACAUACAGUGAGCUCUUCAGGAGGGUGCAGCGGCUCGGGGCGUUUCUGACAGAGGAGCUCGGCCUGGCGGUGGGCGAUCGAGUCAUCCUGUGCUACCCACCAGGCACCAACUUCAUCAUCGCCUUCCUCGCAUGCCUCUACACGGGCGUCGUUGCGGUGCCUGUGUAUCCCCCCGCCCCCAACAAGGCAGACAUCGAUGUGCCGCGCUUCUGCGACAUCGCCGAGAGCACCGAGGUGCGCUACUCGCUCACCAACACCUUCUGCCAGAGGAUCGCCCGCGUUGUGGGCCUUUAUGCCAAGGACAACAGAUGGAGAUCCAUCGAGUGGAUCCUUACCAGCGACGCAUUUAAGCGACGGCCGCAGACGACAAGGACUAUGACGGCAAGCCCGAGGCGUGCUUUCCCCCCCGUCCAUCGGCCUGAGUGACAUUGCCUUUUUGCAAUUCACAUCGGGGUCGACAGCGGCGCCCAAGGGGGUGAUUGUGACGCACGGGUCGCUGCUGCACAACGUCCAUUGCAGCCUACGGCUGUGACAGCAAGAUCGACGACCCAACCAUUCCCAACAUCACAGUGACGGGCCAGCCGUACACCAGGACGCGUGAGAUCCUGAUGCAGCGUCACAAGAUCAGCGAGCGGGUGCGAGGCCACCGGCUGCGGCUCUUCUCCUGGCUCCCCGUCUGCCACGACAUGGGGCUCAUCGGCUUCCUCUGCACGCCCAUCUUCUUCGGAUGUGAGAUCUUCCAGAUGUCACCGCUCGACUUCAUCAGGAAACCCUACCUCUGGCUGCAAGGUGCCUGUCUGCCCGAGUCUCGAGCUGAUCGCCGAAUGGUGCUUGAAUGCAUGCCUUUUGGUGUGUGCGUGUCGUUCGCCUUCAUGCAGGCAUGAGUCGCUACAAGGCGUGUGCGCUGAUGGAGAAGGAGGGAUGGAAGGGUCGGGGGUUGGGUCAUCUGUCUGGCUGAAUCCGCUCGCGUUUGUCGAUUGCUCUCGUGCGUGCUACUAGCUAUUGUUUGCGUGGGUUGUCAUGAUGGGGCGGGGAUCGAUUCCUCACCCUAGAUUGGCGUGUUAUCGGGCGGACUGAUUCGUGUAUGAUUCGGACAUAGAGAUGAUUGUUACGGUGAAUGAAGGUUGACCUGUA